AUGCUGCCAUCUCUACAGAACCUUUUGCUUCUGCUAUCGUCAUUCCCAAUUCUGACUUUGGCCAAGGAGUACAAUGCCAAGGAAUGUCUUGCUUGGCCCAACUCGACCGUCUGGACCGAAGAUUUGGGUGAGAUGCUCACUGCUAACGCCGCCCUUCAUGGCCCCUUCCCCGCAGGCUACUACAUGGACUCUUGCGAAAGUUUGGGAACGAAUGCCUUUGCCAUUUCCCAAGCCGGAAGCGGAAUCUGUAUGCACGCCCAUGCUUGCAAACGGGAGUUCUGUCGCCCGGAAUUUGGGAUGGAUUUGCCAGCCUACAUUGUGGAAGCCAAGCAGGCUUCUGACAUUCAGGCCGCUCUUAGCUUUAGCAAGACGCACGAUAUUCAAGUUACUGUCAAGACUACUGGACAUUCUUAUCAUGGAGCCAGUACUGCCAAAGAUUCUCUCUUGAUUUGGAUGCAGAAUUUUGAAAAGAACGGAACCAUUUAUGACAAUUACACAUCGUGUGAUGGUGGAACGACCUACCACGCCGUCGUUGCCGUCAAUGGUGGAGAGACAUGGAACGAUGUCAUCGAAGCAGUCGGGCCCAACUAUCACGUCGUCACUGGAGGAGCACGAACCGUUUCUGCAGCCGGCGGAUGGCUUCAGGGAUCAGGUCUAUCCUUCACUUCUCGCCAAUAUGGACUUGGAGUCGAUCAGGCAGUUCAAUUUGAAGCUGUCUUGGCCGAUGGGACUAUGGUGACCGCCAAUUCUUGUGAAAAUACUGAUCUGUUUUGGGCACUUCGUGGAGGAGGCGGCGGCACAUUUGGUGUGGUCACUAAUGUCUUGUACGAGCUUCAUCCAGUGACACCCGUUAUUGUCACCAAUUGGUUCAUUGAAGGAUUCGAGAAUGCCCCAGAUCAAGGUGGUGCGGCAGUAGCAGCGUGGUUCAGCUACUGGAUUGAGAUUAGUCCCGAUCUAGAUCCGCGCAUUGGUGGUUUCUUUAGUACCAAUGGAGUUCACUUCGUCUUUAUGGGGACUCUAGAAGAAGCCAAGGCGGCUUACCUCGACGCCUUUGAUCUUUGGUAUAACGAUGAGCUUCUACCCAUUUCUCAGUUUAUUGAGGGCCGGUACGGAGCACUACCGCCAAGUCUUGUCACCGAAGAAGUUCCUGACUGGUAUACUUACAAGGGAGGUGCCGAUGCUUACAAUAAUCCCAAUGCAACCGAUGCCACUGGAGAUGCUUAUGCUGGUGUCGAAUACAUUGCAGCUCGCCUCGUCCCGGCCUCGUUCAUACGCGAAAAUCCAGACGAAAUCUUCAAUCUCUUGAUCAACAUUGUUUCCACACCUGGUGGAUUUCUCAGCUCUGUCAAUUACAUUUUGGGUGGCAACAUUCAAAAUGUUGGAAACAACGAGACUUCGGUCAGCCCUGCCCUUCGAGGUGCCGCAUGGAAUCUCUUUACGGAUCCAGCCUCGGUGUCCAAGGUCUUCGAAGUUCUUCCUAACACGGUGACGGGUGCCUGUUUCAAUCACCAUUCCCCUGUCGAACCCGACUGGCGCAACUCUCUCUGGGGAACCCAAUACGAUAGAUUGUUGGAACUGAAAAACAAGUAUGAUCCUGAUCGUGUAUUCAACUGCUGGCAUUGCGUUGGGUACACUGGUGACGAGAAUCCUGUGCUGGAAGGUGAUGAUACCAGAGACGAAGCAGGGCACCUUUCUACCUUUGAGUGUGUGGUCAAGAAUGAAACUGAUGGUGGUGACACCAGUGACAAUGGCACCAGUGACAACAAUACUGAUACUGAUGUUGGCGGCGACGAACCAUCGGGAUCCCAUGCUCCUAUGCACCAGCACCAGCACGCAACUGUCGUUGUAGCAAUCGCUGCUUCGAUUAUUGCAUCCGUCUUUUAA